AUGGCUGAUGAUUUAGAUGUUGAAGCAAUGCUAGAAGCCCCCUUUCAAAAGGGCCAGGAAUCGGUUACUCACAACACUAACGGAAAGAGUCGAUCGGACCAAAAAGACGAUAUAAAAAGUCACGUUCUAGAUCGCGAGACAGACACAGAAGACAUCGUAGUCGAUCUAGAUCGCGUGAAAGACGACGAAGAAGUCGUACUCGUUCUAGGGAAAGGCGUAGAAGAAGUCGUAGCGCACGCAGGAGGAGUCGUAGUCCAAGCAGAUUCAGACGAAGAAGAACGUGAUAAACGUACAGUAUUUGUUAUGCAAUUAGCUGCACGUCUUCGAACUCGAGAACUUGCUGAUUUUUUUUCAUCGGCUGGGAAGGUUCGAGAUGCAAAGAUCAUUGCUGAUAGAAUAUCUAGAAGGGUCGGUUAUGUUGAAUUUUAUGAUGAAGAAUCUGUUCCAAAAGCUUUGGCUUUGACUGGGCAAAAACUUCUAGGUAUUCCAGUGAUCGUACAAUUGACUGAAGCAGAAAAAAAUAGACAAGCAAGAUUAGCGGAACAAGCAGCUUCCCACGCAACAGAUAUUGCUUAUCACCGGCUAUAUGUUGGGUCAGUUCAUUUUAAUUUGACAGAAGAUGAUUUGAGACAAGUUUUUGAACCAUUUGGACCAUUAGAAUUUGUUAACCUACAUAAAGAUCCUGAAACUGGCCGAUAUAAAAAUCCAGAAGAUGCUAAGCAAGCACUAGAAAAAAUGAAUGGCUUUGAGUUGGCUGGAAGAACAGUAACUUAUGUAGUAAUGGUUGCUUUACAGAUUAAAGUAGGCCUUGUUACUGAUAAGAGCAAUGGCAUGAAUUUGAAUCUUGAUGACGAUGUUGCUGGUUUAGCUCUUAACGCACAAUCGCGAGUUGAAUUAAUGCAAAAGUUAGCCCGCGAUACUGACUUAAUUGCCCCUGCGACUACGCCUGCCUUAUCAGAAAUGUCUGAAGCCGAGGACAGUACACUUGAAUCAAGCGAGUUUGGCAACCAAGCAUCUGCUGAUUCAACAGAGUUAGACGGUAGCAUCCAAACGCCUGCAAGAGAUGUAGAUAAAAAGGAUUCUGAUGACGCGAUAAAGGAUGAAGAAAAACCAAUCAACAUGUCUUUAAAUACGAAAUCGAGAAACAUAAUUCGUUAUACGAGAGAGCAAUUGUUGGAAUUGCGCGAAAGCCCACUUGUUAAAAAACCGGACGCUCUACCACCAAUUAGUUCAUGCUUCGUUGAUGGAUUAAAUAAGUCCAAAGACGACUUGAUUGCAGGUAUUUCGAAAAGCCCCUUAAUAGGAUCUUCAAAAAGUCCUAACGGAUCGGAGCCGACAUCUCCCAAACCAUCAGGCAUGUAUAAAAUUAUUCUUGGACCUCCUAAAACGAUUUUCGCUUCAUCUUCUGUUGGAGGAUUAAGAAGUGCAGAAGACAAACCAAAUCAGGCUAGAACUGGCAGGUCUGAUGGAAUGCGACAACGUCAAGAUGAAUAUUCGAGGACUGGAAUUAAGGAUUAUGAACCCCGGGCUCCUCGUGGUCCUACAGGUGAACGAGGUUUCGUUGGUAGGGAAGCUCUGAGGGAACGAGCUCUAGCGGAUAAAGCACUCAAGGAAUCAAUGGGAUCAUCGCAUAAUUCUCACAGUCGUGGUUUAGGCCAUACAAGAUCUCAAGAUACAAAUAAGAACAGCCGUAGAGAUGGUGAUGAAAAUUUGACCAGUCCUUUUAAUAUUUCUAUAUUAUCAGAUUUUAAUAUUUGUUUCGUUUCCGCAGGUGGUGGCGUAUCUGGGAGGGACCAAUUGAGCAAAACCAAUUUUAUCAGACAUUACCAUUCCGAAGACAGAUCCGAGACGCCUAAAUGGAUGCAUUACAAUCCGCAAACUGAUGAAGAUACAAAAAAUGGUAGAGCACGGAGUAUAUCACGUGCUGAUAGCAGUACGUCUUGGAGGCCUGAUAAUAAGAUCGGGACUUCAGAAGAAUCUAGUACAUUUGUUGGAAACCCUAUACCUGAAGUGUCGCAAAAUGGUUCAAAAGAGAAAGAAACCUCCGAUUUCAAUGUCGAUCUCAAUGCACCUCUGGAUUCUGGCUCGUCGGCUUUUGAUAAGUUUCUGUCAAAACAUAAUAAACUUGCCAUGGCCGAGGAUAAUAUUCCUAAAACUGAGCAAGGAACAUCUCGCUUUGCCAGGUUUUUUUCUCAUAAUGUAGAUGAAAGCUCACAAGAAGUGGAACACAAAAAUGAAAGACACCCAGUGUUUCCUACACCAACGCAAGGUCAUCCGGCUCCAAAUGAAUUAAAACCUGGUCCAAUUAGCCUUGAUACAUUGUUUCAAAGUCAAGCAGCAACAUCUUCUACAGUUGCAGCUACUUCUCCUCGUAUGACUGAUGGAAAGCGAAUGCUUUCAAGAAUGCUCACUGAAGACGAAGUUUUGCAGACAAUUGGAGCAAAACCAUCUAUUAAACCAGAAUCUAAAGAGCGUAAUUACGAAGAUGAAGCUGCUAUGUACAAAAUAUACGCAGCUUUGCAAAAAAAGUCAACUCCGGGGGUAAAAACUAGCCAACAUCAAUCAAAACUUGAUAUUUCAAAUAGGCAUUUAGGACUUUCCGAAUUACCUUCUACCGACUCAGCGAAAAAAAUUAAUAUGCUCUUCGGAGGCAAUGUACCAACUUCAGUAUAUCGCCAGUUGAGUUCAAGGUCAGAUAAUGGUUCCAGAGAGUCGUCAGCCGCAUCUUCACCGGCAUUAAAAUUCAAUACCAAACCUAUUAUUUCCAACUUUCAACAUUCACCGCAAUCAUCGGCACAUAUUCAUGAUAUCCACGCGCCGAUGUUUAAAUCACCUCCACCUCACUCCCCCAAUCAUCUUCAUCAACAAAGUCAUAACCAUUCACAGUAUCACAACAACGUGCCUAGUUACUCUAACGGACCAAAUAUCUCUCAGCAUUCGCAUAAUCGACCGGAGUACCCUCCACCUAUCGGCCGCAACAUACCAGUAGAACAGUUGUUUAGCAUGAUUCCUCCACGUAACGUUCCACAACAAGUUCCUCCGCAAUUUCAACAGCCCCCCAUUCCACCUCAAAUACCAUUUGGUUAUCAACCUCAAACUGAACGCUACCCUCAACAAAUCCAGUUUAAUGGUCCUUCGAUACCACAUCAUCCAGUCCAUCAUCAUCCAGGAAUGUUGCCACCCG